CGCUAUAAAAACGGCCACGCCGUCGCCGUCGCCGUCGCUACCAGUUCCAAUUCCAUCGGCAUUUCUCUCCGGCGCAGCGGGCGGUGCUUUUCGUGCCUGAAUUCGGUUACGCCAUGGAAUCUCUUCGUUUCGCCGCCGCUCAAUCGCCUCUCGAUGUCGCCAGAUUUGGCGGCAAUGGCGCCACUAAAGCUUCCCGCGCCGCCGUUCGGAGCUGCCGCCUUCCGCCGAGGAUUUGUGCGGCGGUGUCGAAGUCGAAGGAGGAAGUUGCAUUUUCAGUGGAAAAUGUUCCUGCGGUUAAUUCGUUGGCGCUCCCUCCGUCUCCGGCUGCGGAGCUGCCGCUGUUGAGAGUUUCGCCGAGCUCCUUGCCGUGUGAGAGCGGAUGUUUGAUACGGAACGAGAAUCUCGGUAAUGGUGCGGUUACCAACGGAACAUUAAGUGCGAUGGAGUACUUGACGAAUAUUCUCUCGUCGAAGGUGUACGACGUGGCGUACGAGUCGCCAUUGCAGCCGGCAAGUAAGCUUUCGGAGAGGUGGGGAGUCAAUGUCUGGCUCAAGAGAGAGGAUUAUCAGCCUGUGUUCUCUUUCAAGCUUCGAGGGGCUUAUAACAUGAUGGCGAAAAUCCCACCCGAGCAGCUUGAAAGAGGAGUAAUAUGUUCAUCUGCAGGAAAUCAUGCACAGGGUGUGGCAUUAUCUGCUCAGAGGUUGGGCUGCAGCGCGGUGAUUGUGAUGCCUGUCACUACACCAGAAAUAAAGUGGAGAUCUGUUGAAAGACUUGGAGCAACUGUUGUGCUUGUUGGGGACUCUUAUGAUGAGGCGCAGGCGUAUGCCAAGAAGAGGGCAAAAGAGGAUGGUCGAACGUUUAUUCCUCCUUUUGAUCAUCCAGAUGUAAUAAUGGGGCAGGGAACUGUUGGGAUGGAGAUUGUGAGACAGGUGAAGGGUCCAAUAGAAGCGAUUUUUGUGCCUGUUGGUGGGGGUGGGCUUAUAGCCGGCAUUGCUGCCUAUGUGAAAAGGGUUUCUCCCGAAGUGAAAAUUAUUGGAGUCGAACCCUUUGAUGCUAAUGCUAUGGCUCUGUCGUUGCACCAUGGUCAGCGAGUAAUGUUGGAUCAAGUUGGAGGUUUUGCUGAUGGCGUAGCCGUCAAAGUGGUCGGUGAAGAGACCUUCCGCCUCUGCAAGGAACUUAUAGAUGGGGUAGUUCUUGUCAGCCGUGAUGCAAUUUGUGCUUCGAUAAAGGACAUGUUUGAGGAGAAAAGGAGCAUUUUAGAGCCGGCAGGUGCACUUUCCCUCGCCGGAGCUGAAGCUUACUGCAAAUACUAUGGACUCAAGGGCGUCAAUGUGGUAGCUGUGACCAGUGGAGCUAACAUGAAUUUCGAUAGACUGAGAUUGGUAACAGAGCUUGCAGAUGUUGGUAGACGCCGGGAAGCUGUACUGGCUACUUAUCUGCCGGAAGAACCGGGAAGCUUUAAGCUAUUCUGCGAGCUCGUGGGGCCAAUCAAUAUUACUGAAUUCAAAUACAGGUUUAGUUCGGAUAAAGAAAAAGCUCUUGUAUUAUACAGCGUUGGCCUUCACACUGAAGCAGAGCUUGCGGCAAUGGUAGAAAGAAUGGAGUUUUCUGGAUUACACACAAUUAAUCUUACGAAAAAUGACUUGGCUAAAGAUCAUCUGCGACAUUUGAUGGGCGGCCGAUCAAAUGUUAAAAACGAGCUUCUCUGCCGGUUUGUCUUCCCCGAGAGACCCGGCGCUCUGAUGAAAUUCUUGGAUGCUCUGAGCCCGCGCUGGAACAUAAGUUUGUUCCACUACCGCGCACAGGGAGAAGCCGGUGCCAACGUGCUGGUUGGCAUCCAAGUGGCCGAUGACGAGAUAGGCGAGUUCCACGACUGUGCGAACAGCCUCGGCUACGUGUAUCAAGUCGAGACCAGAAACGAAGCUUUCCAGCUUCUAAUGCGAUGAGCAUAACGACAACGACGACGACGACGACGGCUAGAAUGUCAUCUUCUUUCUUCCUAUGACUAGGUACUCUUUCAUCUAUUCUCCCUCCUAAGUUUAUUACAAUAGCAGUAUAAGAAGAUGUCUUUCUUUAUGGCCAAAGCUUACCACAUUUAUGAGGCUGUCAUAAUAAUGGUGUAAUCUUAUUAUUAGUUAGUUCUAAAAAUUCAGGAUCUAUUUACUUACUCCA